AUGCAAUCUUUUGUGGAGCUCCACAUCCACCUCCAAACGCACGCCCUCCCCCUCCCCAUAAUCCCCCUCGCCUCCUCCGACCCCGCCGCCCUACCCACCGCCCUCCAGGCCUUCCAAUCCUCGCUCACAACCGCGCGAAGUGCUUGCCGCUGGCCCGUGGAUGCCGCGCGCGAGCUGCUGCCUUGGUGUACGGUCACCAGUAGCAAUGUGGUCAGGGACGCGGGGACGGCGGUUGGGCAGGGUUAA